UGACGCUUGCGUUGCGUCAUGGCGCUUUUGUUGUUGGCAGAUUAGGGACCUUCGUAUUUAAUUUUGCAUAUUUUCUGGCUAGACAAGAAUAUUUCGAAUUUGUUUCCCAUCCUCUAAAUUCCUGACGAAAUUCGACUAUAUGUUGAAGUCAAGUUGAAGUGUCUUUUGAGGAAUGUUUGCUGUAAGACAGCCUGAAACUAGGCACCCAUCUCAAUCUCAAUCUGCAUCAGACCAAGUGACCUACCACUUCAAGUUUGAUUUCGUUCUUACAAAAUUCAAGUGCCUCUGGCUCGGACGGAUGCAGCGAUGACGUAGCUGUUCCGUGAGACGCGGUCAUCCCAGUGCUGCCGCCGCCGCCGGGACGGUCUGUCGGCACCGCCAGGAUGACGACCCCCGAGUUCCUGCCGCUUUGCGACGUGCUGUUCAACAUCAUCAGCCUGGCGUCCUAUUUCUGCGACGUGGUGUUCGACGUGGUGACCAUCUACACGCUGCUCGACCACCAGGAGCUGGUGUGGUUCGCGCUGGCGUUGAUUGCCGUCACCGUGUCGCUCGUCUCGUGCCAGGUAUGCAGCAUGAAGUGGUACAUCCGCAGCGUGCGCUCCGGCGAGGUGACGCCCAGCUGCGCGCUGCCGGCCGUCGUGGCCGUGCACGCGCUCCAGUGCGGCGCGCUCUGGCGCUACUUCAAACUCUUCAUACCCGUAGACCUGCGCUUUGUGAAGCAGGAAGUGCGAGACCUGUGCGUUCUGCGCAUGAUGCACGGUUUCUGCCAGGCGGCGCCGAUGCUGUUGAUCCAGCUGUUCCUCAUCUGGAGGCUGCUGCCCACCCAGCAGGUGACGGACCUGAACGUGGUCUCCACGGUGCUGUCGCUCUUCAGCGUGUGUUGGGCGCUGGCGUCCUACAACAAGAACGUUCGACAGCACAACAUGCACAAGCUGGUGCUGACGUGGCUGGGAGUGAUAUUCCAGCUGCUCUGGAGGCUGGGCACGGUCACAUCGCGCGUGCUGGCGCUCACCGUGUACGCCACCCUGUUCAACUACUGGGUGUUUUUGGUGAUUGGCCUGCACUGGCUCACCAUGUUCUUGUGGCUGAUCAGCCCGAAAAACGUCUUCCACGGUGAGAGCAUCACCAAGGCCAAGAAGAUCGUGUUCGCGGCGGCAAUCGCGUACGUGUACACGUUCUGCUACAUCAACUUCCAGGAGAGCAAGUCGCGACAGAAGAUGAUGAUCUUCUACAGCGUGAUGCUGCUGGAGAACACGCUACUCGUGUCGGUGUGGAUGGCUGUGCUGCGGGAGGAGACGGUGUGGUAUCACUACGUCAUCCUCGUCACCGUGUUCGCCUCCUUCCUGGUCGGCAUCCUCUUCAUGAUGUUGUACUACCAGUACUUCCACAUCAACAAGCUCAACUACGCGCGGUCGGUGGUGGAUAAGGCGUGUGCCCAGUGCCAGGGCGGCAGCUGCUCUGAGCACAAACCCAAGGAGAAUCUGUACGCCAACCUCACCACUGAGCUUGGCGGUAGGAGGAGCGUGCCUCCCCCGGCGCACCAGCCGCCGCCCGACUACGCGCGCCUCAACGGGCAGCACAACCACGUCAUCGGCGUGUUCAACUGCCGCUUCAACCCGGCCAUGAUGAAGCGCAAGAAGAAGAAGCCGACGACGUUCGUUCCGCCGCCGCCGGUGACGGUGCUGCCCUCGGUGGCGUUCUGGCGGCGUCCGCUGCCGCGGCCCGGCGUCGGCUCCGACCACGAGGGAAGCACCGUCAGCUCGCGGGUCAACAUCCAGCAGAAGCUGCAGGAGAAGAAGCAGCAGCAGCUGGCCGAGCUGCGCGUCAUCGAGGAGGAAAUCAAACAGGGCAAGCUGGCGCGGCCGCGGCCGGCUGAGAUCUACGACACGGGCGCGCUGCGGCAGCCCAUCCCGCCGCAGAAGCGGCCGCCCUGGAUCAGUCCUGUGCCGGCAGCGCGCAGCCGUACGCCGGAGGUGCUGCUGGCGCCGCACUUCCUCCACUCGCGCGUCUACCAGGAGCCGGACGGGUGGGCGGCGGCCGCCGCGCUCGAGCGCCGCCUCCCCGACGACGACGCCGAUGCCGACGAGGUGACGGUCGACCCGACUGGCGGCGGCGGCGGCGGCGGCGGCCGACGGCGCGGGCGGCGCGCCGGCCGACUGCCCGACCGCGCCGCCGCCUACAAGAGCUACCGGGUGCCGUCGGAUGUGGACAGCCAGAUCAGCCUGCCGCGCUCGUACACACUGCCGCGCGAGUUCCGCUACUACCGGCAGAACCGCGCCAGGAAGCCGCUCAGGCCCGGCCAGUACGUGUCGUCAAACUCCAGCGACGGCGACGUCGACUCGGAGAACGAGGCCGACAAUGAGACGAUGCUGCGGAACAGUAUGUUACUGCACCAGCAGGCGACCCGGCCGCGACCCUACUUACCGCGCCGGCACGUUGGAGGCUACACCCAGCACGAGACUCAGCUCUGAGCGUCCGCUCCCGGCGCGGGAUGAGCGACAGUGUGUGGCGGGCUGAGCCACCCAGCCGCCGAGCACGGGUCCAGGCGGCGCCCUGGUCUGUCUGUCGUCAUGGUGAACCAGUGACGUCACGGGCCGGCGUGAGGCGGCAGCGGCGCCGCCGGCUCGGCGGGCUUUGUUACGGCCAGAGGUGCGAGUGUAGCGCGGUGCUUGUUGGAUAUUUUGGAGGCUGAGUUGAAACUGUUUUGCACAUUCUCAGCAGUCGGCAGCUGGUGUAUAGUGGCUUGCGCCAUAUGCGGCGUAUGUGACGGCGCUUGGCGUAGACGUAUAUAUUUAUUAUAGGUACUCAUGAUCUGGCGCACACGCGUACUGUGUUCGCAUUUAGGUGGCAUUUGACUCUAUUUUUGCCUGUCUGCGUUGGAUUGGACGUUGGUCAGCAAUCGAUGUUCUACGCAAUUUAAAUAUGCAUCAUGUUGGUGUGUGAAUGAGUGCGCGGGUGAGUGAGUUGAACAUGACAUCCAUAUCUAUCUUUCGAUGCGUCUUUCCCCGAUACUCUUGCUCAGAUCGGUCCGAAAGAUGGUGCAGUAUUUUCAAUGCCGAUGUUUUUUACGCGCCCUUUGCUCGUGCCACUGUGUAUACUGGUCCACAUGGGCUCAACGACGCAUCCUGAUGAUGCUUGCUACCAAAACCAGUGCCUGUUUUUAUUGCUCGUGUUGUGCGUAGUGUGUGUAAUGUGCCAAUCUUCUGCCGCAGUGCCAAGCGCCGAUGCGGUUUUAGUGCCCAUUCCUGCUCGGUGGCGACCGCUGGUGCGGCGCCGCGCGUGUUUACCGUCUCAUUCCGUCCGAUGCUCAUGUUGCAGCCAUCUCCGUCCGAUAUUUUCGGCAGUGUUUUCUGACCGGCCCGUGUGAGCGCUACCCAGUUCUUCCGUCCGUCAGUACCGGUAUACUGAGCCGUGCGGUCCCCCGUGGCCCGUGCGGCGCGGAGCAGUCGAAACUGUACCACAUCCGUCCAUGGAUAGAUCUGAGUCACCGACAGACCGGGUCCCGGCGCUUCCGAAAAUGACUCUGGAUGAACACAUGUCCAUUUUGUAUAAUAAAGCAGCUGGAUGAUGGCCA